AUGUCCGCCGCUACCAGCUUCUCCCUCGCCGUCGCCGACGCCGUCUGGGCUGAGAUCAAAUCCGCUGGCCAGGCAUCCGACGAGCACCUAUCCAUCCUCGAGACGCUGUUCGGAAAGAACAUGCUGCGGGCCUGCAAGAUCGUCGACGAGCGCGGCGUCAGGCGCGUCACCGGCGCGCCCAGCGGCCGCUCGCUCUUUCUAGUGAUGGGGGAGUCGAAGAGGAAGGAGGAGUACCUAUGCUUCCCGGAGCACCUCUGCACCUGCUACUCAUUCUUCUACGACGUCGUCGGGCGCGGCGAGCAGCUCAGCUGUAAACACCAGUUAGCUGCGCGGCUUGCAGAGGCUGUGGGAGAACACCAGGAGAUUGAAGUGAAAGAUGAGGAGCUCGCAGAUAUGCUUGCAAAGCUCUGA